AUGGUCAGGAUCAGUCCACCGCCAUCGCCAGCGCUGAGUAUGGAGUAUUGUUUCGAAACCGAGUACACCUCUAAUAUAUCUACAUUCUCAAACCCUACUUUAGAUGUCCCCCAAACGCCCUCACUUUGCACAUGCAACAAUGUUUUCUUCAACAUCUGGUCGGCGUGCUCAUUUGCGAGCGGAAACAACACGUUGCCAAUGUUCAGCCUCUGGAGCUCCACAUGCACUGCCAGAGGAAUCUCGCUCGAGGCAAGCAAUAAUAUGAAGAACGGCGGGGGUUCGAUGAUGGGGAUUGAGAUUCCUGCGUGGGCGGAUAUACCUGUCCCAGGGAAUACUGCAUUCGAUCUACAGCAGGCCGUGGUGCUCAGCCAGAAACUGUCCACGCGAUCAAAAUGGACUACCAUGCAGAUCCUUUUGCCCAUUCUCAGCGCGGUUCUCGGGGUGCUGUUCACUCUCAUCGCCAUCGCCCUGCGCUCUCGCCACCUUCGCCACCGGCACGUGUACACGCCAACACAGAACUCCAAGGCCACGGCAAAAUCGCGCAUGUCUGUCCCGCGCUUCCCUUUUAUCUCCCGUAUCAUCCACCCGUCGCGUAGGGUGCGCCCGCUUGACCAGCGCUCGCUGCCUGACUGGGUCAUCGACGAACCAACUGGAUCGAGCGCCAGCGCCGCGGGGGCAGGGUUGAUUGCGCCGCCGCCCAGCCUUAAUUCGGGCGGGACGUCGAGCAUGAAUGUCAAUGUACACACCAACGCGGGCUCGCAUGCAAGUGCGCACGCACGUGACCAGACGGUGGUGCUACCCCCCUCGCCUUCCGAUACGCCCCACAGAGAUAGCACGGUGCCUGGGCAUCCGUCAAUAUACUCGGAAACGCCUCGACAAAGUGUUGCAGCACAUGAGAGUGUAGAGUUGUCGAUACCUGGAUCGGCGUCGACGGCGGCGAGGGAGCGAAAUAGGGGUGUGUACCCGUUCGGCAGGGAGGCGCAAGAGUUGAAUAUGAAGCGCGGCGCUGCAGGUGGUGGUGUGGGUACACAUGAUAUCAUGUCGGGACGAUAUGUGCACCCUGCGACGACAGCCACGAACUCGAACGCUGCGUCUACUUCUAACCUGCCUACAACCUCAAACCCGACCUCGUACUUCCCCUCGCCCUUUACCUCCAACGCCAACAGCAACAGCAACACCCCCGGUACGUCGACGCCGCGCACGGGUUGGGGCAGUUCAAUCCGUGAUGUAAGCGUGCGACUGCCAAACCCAUUCAGAAGGCGUCCUGUGCCCAUCGUGUCGACGGUGCCGACAGAAAGGUUCAGGAUCGACGGGUCGUCGGAGGGUUCGGCGUCUGUACGCGAGUCAGUUGCCUUACCCCCGCCUAGGGGUACUGGGCGGGUAACGCCGCUGGCACCAAAUGUUGGCGAGGGGCGCGUGGCGAUUUUGGACGACUUUUACCACGGCGACGAAGGAAUAGACCAUGAAAUGAUGCUAGGGCAGGAAAUUUUGGUUUAUGGUGACUCGGAAUUUGAUGACGAGGGCACGAAUCUUAUUACGGAGGAUGAACGAUUGGACAGUGUGCGCUACAGCGAGAGCAACUCGCGAACGACGCAUGGAACUUCAAUUGAUUCUAAGAUUCGAAUCGAAUCGCCCACAGCGAGCACGGUUUCUCCAAGAAGUAGUAUGCCUGGAACAGCUGGUUAUUGGCCGCGUAAUAAAUCGAUACCUUUACCGGCGUUGCCACCUGUACCAAACCUUCCUGCGCCAUUACCACCUCCCCCUUCAUCGCGGAUGUCUCCCAGAGUAGCUAAUAUACCGACAGAUACGCCAAUCGCCAGUGGUUCAGGCCUUCGACUUAAUUCGCCGCCCGCCAACAGUAGUAAUACUCGAAUGAUGUCUCCGAUUCCAGAAGACCAAAAUUCUAUCCGAGCUGUAAAUCCGCCUCGCCAGCUUGAGCUGCCCGCGAGCAUUGCUCAGACAUCGUCCACGAGCUCUGUGCGGCCUUUACCGACCCGCAGCGCGAGUGGUGACUCGGAUAUGAGUGUGAUGUCCUCAUCCUCCUCCAGGCGACCGCUUCCCUCUCCAGCCAUCUCUGUCUCGAGCCCUUCUACUGCGAAUCUGCAGAAUCAGCAUCAACACCAACGCUCAACAAGCGGCUCAGCGUCUACGCGCGGUCGACUACCAGACACACCUCCUUUGUACUUUAACAACCCGAACAACGCGCACCGGCGGUCGUUCUCCAACAACUCGGCGUCGUCGAGCAGCAUCAAUCGGACGAUCUCGCCUCCGCCCGCCCACCCGCACCCGCCUCCGCCUCCGCUGCCACAUCCGCCGCCGCCAAGGGAUUUGUUUGAUGAUCCGAUUUUCGUACCCCAUAGGAGAGGGCUCUCGGCGGACGACACUGCGAGCUUUUAUUUGACACCUGACACGUCGACAUCGCCCAGAAGUGGAACACCCCUGGGCGUCGCGAACCAGAGUUCGGGUGCUGCUACAUUUGCAUCGGCUUCUGGUUCGAGGGUGGAUCCUGCUGUGUUUUUCCCUGGUCCUGUGCGAGGAGCAGGAUAUGGAUCAUGA